AUGGCUCAGAGCUCAGUAGAUUCGGAUAGACUAUCUUCAGCCGGGAUAUCAACUUAUAGCUCAGGAACUGCUGGUACUGCUGGCGGUUCUGUUGUAGGAGUGAGACCCGGAGAACCAGGUCAUAAGAGAGAAGAUGAAGAUGAUUAUAACCUUGGCCCUCUACCUCCUAUGUGGGAAAAGGCAUUUACACCAUCGGGAGAAAGAUAUUUUAUAGACAGAAAACUGAAGCGCCACAACACCGGCACUUCGCACUGGCUGGACCCCAGGUUGGCGCGGGUCCGAAAGCACUCGCUGGGCGAGUGCGGAGAAGACGAGCUACCCUACGGUUGGGAGAGGGUCACGGAUGAGCGUUACGGGUCCUAUUAUGUGGACCACAUAAACAGGCGCACGCAGUACGAGAAUCCCGUGUUGCAAGCUAGGAGAUUGAGGGCGGAAAAGCUGGCGGCUGAAAAUGGGGGGAGCGGCCAGCCUAAUGGUCCCCCACCAACGGGGGAGCUCCGCGGCGAGAGAUUCACCCUCACCCUGACUAAGGGCACUCAGGGAUUGGGCUUCACGCUUAUCGGGGCAGAAGGUAUUCCCGAGACGGAGGGAUACCUCCAGAUACGCAGCAUAGUGCCGCACAGCCCUGCCUGGAUAGAUGGCGCUCUCCGGCCCGGCGACGUGGUGGUGGGGGUGGGCAACCGCGGGGUGAGGGGCCUGUCCCACGCCCAGGUCGCCCAGAUCUUCCAGUCCAUCACGCCCGGGACUGACGUCACGCUGCAUCUCGUCAGAGGUUAUCCACUCUCUUUUGACUCCGAGGACCCCAAUACGCGUGUCCUCAGCACUCUAGCAGUGGACGCUACACAGCCGCCGACUUCGGACGCCGUCGCUAUGCAGCAGUUGACCAGAGCCUUGAGAACGAGAUUCAACCUGGAGUCCCCUGGCGGCGAGUCCCCGCUCCAGGGCGAGGAGCCCUCCGGCGGCCAGCGCAGGCUGACGUCGCGCUCCUUCGACCUGGACGAGCUGGCCGCCGACGAGCCCGCCGCCCCGCCGCGCUGCCCCUCCGCCGACCACCUGCUCACCCUCGCUUCAGAUCACCAACAUCGCAGUAACAACGUUACAAGCAGCGAGCCAGGUAGAGAGUUGGUCCUCACUCUACGAAGGGGCGCUGCGGGCUUCGGUUUCACGAUAGCCGACAGUGUGCACGGACAGAAAGUGAAAAAGGUCCUGGACCGCAGCCGAUGCGCUGGGCUACGGGAAGGUGAUUUGCUUCUGCAAAUCGGUGACGUCGAUGUUCGUCACGCUCCGCACCAGCACGUUGUGCAGGUGUUGAAGGACUGCCCCGCCCUGCACGAGACGACCCUGCGCGUGUGGAGGCGCAACGGGGCGGUUGGGCGCGCCCCCAGGAGCAGGUCCGCCACGCGCCUGCAGCCCUCCGCCGCGCCAUCGAAUAGCGGCCAAUUGGGCAGGAGCAAGACGCCAACGGCCGAGCAACUCCGCUCGCAGGACAACCUGCGCGACAGGCUCAACGGAAUGAACACUGAAGCGACGUACGCCGUACCGGAGCACAAGUCGCGCGAGUCCAGGGAGAGCCUGAUGGACCGCAGGCGGAGGAGCAGCACGCCCGGGGCGCGGCUCACGCUGCCCGUGACGGCGCCCUGGCCCCAGCAGGAGGGCCAGUGGCGGGAGCAAGAGACGUGGGUGGACAACGCCAGCAACGUGCGCAGCUGGGCGGAGAGCGCGCAGAAGUGGGACGAGGGCGGGCAGAAGUGGGACGGCGGCGGGCAGAAGUGGGGCGAGGGCGCGGCCAACGGGAACGGCUGGGAGGGCGACGCCGAGCGGUGGGGCAACGGCAACUGGGGCGAGGUGCCCACGCCCACAGUCCACGUGGACAUGAAUGCCGCGUACUGGCGGGGCAACGCUAGCGUGGCGGACAGCAGCGAUAACGGAGGUUUUCCAGAAGACGGUAUGCUGCAUUCGCCCACCACCGCCGCGAUCGGGGGUCUGUCGCGCCAGUCGCCUUCCACCAGCAGAAUUCGACCACAUUCCCCUUCAAACUCCACAGGCCGGCUUCGAAGCCACUCCCCGUCUAACAACAGUGCGACGGAACGCCUGCUGAGCAACUCGCCGUCGGCGCUGCACAGCCAGUCGCCUUCCAACAACUCCUCGAACAGCAGAAUCAAAGGAUCUCCGCUCAGACUGCGAGACAAUUCUCCCUCCCGCCACAUGAACUCGCCAGUGUUGCGGCAGUCGCCGUCCUGCUACGAGGGCGAUUCUUUGGCGCAGCCGAGCUCAGUCUAUGUUGGCAAUUACCCGCAGGUGGAGGCGGGCGGGGCCAUCGACCCCGAGGCGGACGUGCUGGUGCGUCUGGCGCGAGGCAGCGCCGGCUUCGGGUUCCGAAUCGUGGGCGGCACCGAGGACGGCAGCCGAGUGGCCGUCGGAUAUGUAGUCCCCGGCGGGCCGGCAGACGGACUGCUAAGGCCCGGGGACCUGCUCACUUCCGUGGACGGCAUUCCCCUGGCCGGAGCCACGCACGCGCGCGCCGUCGCCUACGUGUCCCAGGCCGCCUCCAGGGGACACGUAACAUUAGGUGUAAGGCACAACAGGGCUGACAUCCAGCCGUUGGGUUUGCCAAACAUGGUGACCCCCCACAGCCACCAGCCUUUGCUCACAGCCGACCCAUCAGUGCAUCAUAUGCAACCCGCCUCGUACAACAUUCUGCAUCCUUCUCCAAUGUACCCACCGGCUUUGCCUAUGUACGGCGUGCAGUACGACAACGUCUCCGGCGGCUGGUCGCCGGUGCCCUACGACGUGACGGUGACCAGGAACGAGGGUGAAGGGUUCGGAUUCGUCGUCAUAUCCUCCACUAACAAGGCAACCAGCACUAUAGGCCAGCUGAUCCCGAACUCGCCGGCGGCGCGCUGCGGCCGGCUGCAGGUGGGCGACACGAUCGUGGCCAUCAACCGGCUGCCGGUGCGCAACCUGCCGCACCCCGAGGUGGUGGCGCUCAUCAAGCGCUCGGGCGCCGCCGUCACGCUCACCGUGCUGCCCGCGCAGCCCGCCCCCGCCGCCGCGCCGCACCCCGACCGCCCGCACGCAUGC